AUGAGCCAGGUCUUAACGCCGCGGCAGGCCGAGGAACUUCACAAGUCAAUCAUAGCUUACCUAUCAUCAAAAAACCUUUUCAAUAGUGCCACAGCAUUACAACAAGAACUAAACCUUGGUGAUAGCUUUGACAGUGCAACUAGCAAGAAAUACGAAGGUAUAAUAGAGAAAAAAUGGACCGGCAUAGUGCGUCUCCAGAAAAAGAUUAUGGAGCUUGAAGUUGUAAAUGCUGGCUUACAAGCUGAGCUUGACUCAGUAACCCCGGUUUCUCUCUCAAGGCGAAACCAAGAUCCUUCUAAAUGGCUCCCUAGGUCACCAGCUAGACAUACACUACAGUCACAUCGCGAUCCAGUGACUUGCGUCGCCUUUCAUCCUGUAUUUUCAUCACUGGCGUCGGGCUCAGAGGACAAUACUAUUAAGAUAUGGGACUGGGAAUUAGGCGAGUUAGAGAGAACUGUAAAGGGUCACACAAAGGCAGUGUUAGAUUUGGAUUUUGGCGGGCCGAAAGGUGGGACGCUUCUAGCAUCAUGCUCUAGUGACCUCACAAUAAAAUUAUGGGAUCCGAACGACGAGUACAAAAACAUCAGAACACUUCCUGGACACGACCACUCUAUUUCUGCAGUGCGAUUUAUACCAAGCGGCGCAUCUGGGAUGACAUCUUCGAGCAAUUUUUUAGUUUCCGCUAGCCGAGACAAAUCAUUACGGAUAUGGGAUGUUUCUACUGGGUACUGUGUGAAAACGGUACGUGGACAUGUCGAUUGGGUUCGAGAUGUCUCUCCUUCGCAUGACGGUCGGUUUUUAGUAUCGGCAGGUAACGAUCAAACAGCUAGAAUAUGGGACACUGCAACCGGAGAGCUGAAGGCAACAUUGUUGGGACAUGAACAUGUCAUUGAAUGUUGUGUUUUCGCACCUCCUUCUAGCUAUAGAUAUCUUUCUUCGCUUGGAAACUCCAAAAAGCCGCCGCCAUUGAGUAGUUCGGCCGAAUUUGUGGCAACUGGCUCAAGAGAUAAAAUUAUACGAAUAUGGGACGUCAGAGGAACCCUGAUACAUACAUUGAAAGGUCACGACAACUGGGUGCGAGGGCUAGUUUUUCAUCCAGAUGGAAAGUAUCUAUUAAGUGUAUCAGAUGAUAAAACAUUGCGCUGCUGGGACUUGACUCAGGAAGGAAAGCUUGUUAAAACCUUGGAAGACGCGCACGGUCACUUCAUCAGCUGUAUUAGAUGGGCACCCGGAAUAGUGAAAGAAGUCCCAACAUUAAACGGCAAUGACCGGAGCGGCCUAGCCAAUGGACCAAGCAAAAAAGAACAGUCAACUGAAAUUGUUACAACGAGAUGUGUUAUAGCUACAGGUAGUGUAGAUUUAAAUGUGCGAGUGUUCGCAUCAUGA